UGACGCUGCGUAGCGGGCCGCGAGGCUGGGGGCGGUGGGGCCCCGGAGUCCGGUGCUUUAUCUUCGUCUGCGGCGGGGCUGGCUGCGUUGCCGGCCUUGGGAACCUGGAGAGCUACCCUGAGCCGACCUUCCUGCCGGCCUCCCUGUGACGGCUUCCCGGCUGUGCCCUCCUUGCCGAGGUCCCAGCUGCCGGGCUGCGGCCGCAGAGAACACAAUGGUGGGUAAAGGGAUGUCUCUGAGAAAUCGGCUGUCAAAGUCCAGUGAAAAGCCUGAAGAAGAAGAAGACCAGGGAAACCCUACAAAGGAGUCCCUAGAAGCACCCAGUAAUGGUCGGGUAGACAUAAAACAGUUGAUAGCAAAGAAGAUACAGUUGACAGCAGAGGCAGAGGAAUUGAAGCCAUUUUUUAUGAAGGAAGUUGGCACUCACUUUGAUGAUUUUGUGACCAAUCUCAUUGAAAAAUCAGCAUCAUUAGACAAUGGUGGGUGUGCGCUCACGUCCUUUUCUGUUCUUGAAGGAGAAAACAAGCACAGAGCUAAAGAUUUCAGAGCACCUCCAGAACAUGGAAAGAUUUUUGUUAUCAGGCAAUCUCUUUUAGAUGAGCUGUUCGAAGUGGACCACAUCAGAACAAUUUAUCACAUGUUCAUUGCCCUCCUCAUUCUUUUUAUCCUCAGCACACUUGUAGUAGAUUACAUUGAUGAAGGAAGGCUGGUGCUGGAGUUCAGUGUCAUGUCUUACGCUUUUGGCAAACUUCCCGUUGCUUUAUGGACGUGGUGCGCCAUGUUCCUGUGCACACUCUCACUUCCCUAUUUCCUCUUUCAACACUGGGCCAGAGGCUACAGCAAGAGUUCUCAUCCUGUGAUCCAUUCUCUCCUCCAUGGCUUACUUUUCAUGGUCUUCCAGAUUGGAGUUCUCGGUUUCGGACCAACAUAUGUUGUGUUAGCAUAUACACUGGCACCAGCUUCCCGGUGCAUUGUUGUAUUCGAACAGAUUCGUUUUGUAAUGAAGGCCCAUUCAUUUGUCAGAGAGAAUGUGCCUCGGGUACUAAAGUCAGCUAAGGAAAAAUCAAGCACCGUCCCAGUACCCACAGUGAACCAGUACUUGUACUUCUUGUUUGCGCCUACCCUCAUCUACCGUGACAACUAUCCCAGGACUCCCACUAUAAGAUGGGGUUAUGUCGCUAUGCAGUUUGCACAGGUUUUUGGUUGCUUAUUUUACGUAUACUACAUCUUUGAAAGGCUCUGUGCCCCCUUGUUUCGGAAUAUCAAACAGGAACCCUUCAGCGCACGUGUUCUGGUCCUAUGUGUUUUUAACUCCAUCUUGCCAGGUGGGCUGGUACUGUUUCUUACUUUUUUUGCCUUUUUGCACUGUUGGCUAAAUGCCUUUGCUGAGAUGUUACGCUUUGGUGACAGGAUGUUUUAUAAGGAUUGGUGGAACUCCACAUCAUACUCCAACUAUUACAGGACCUGGAACGUGGUUGUUCAUGACUGGCUAUAUUACUAUGCUUACAAGGACUUCCUCUGGUUUUUCACUAAGAGAUUCAGAUCCGCUGCCAUGUUAGCUGUCUUUGCGGUGUCUGCCAUAGUGCAUGAGUACGUGCUGGCUGUUUGCCUGAGCUUUUUCUAUCCAGUGCUCUUCGUGCUCUUCAUGUUUUUUGGAAUGGCUUUCAACUUUAUUGUCAAUGAUAGUCGGAAAAGGCCAAUUUGGAACGUUAUGAUGUGGACUUCCCUUUUUGCGGGCAACGGAGUCCUCCUGUGCUUUUAUUCGCAAGAGUGGUACGCACGGCAGCACUGUCCUCUGAAAAAUCCCACACUUCUGGAUUAUAUCCGGCCACGUUCCUGGACUUGCCGUUACGUGUUUUAGAAGUUUGUACUUUGUUUCCUCCUUUGACACUGAAGACUGGGUAUUCUGCCUGAUUUGGGGCCAGCAUCUGUUUCCAGCUGUUACUGAAGUUACCUGUGUUACUUGGAGCACUCCAGACUUUACAGAUUAUUCACUCUGUUCCUAAGUCACCUGAAGACCAGUUGUUGAAAGUUUAUUGGAAUCUUGUAUACUUAAGCAGUACUUUUUUUUCCUUUUUGGGAAGGGAGACUUACAGCUAACAUAACGACAGAUUUUUGCGGGGUCGUAUUGGCUACGACUCAGAAAUUAUAUCGGUUUUGUUUCUUGACUUUAUUUAAUUAGAGACUGAACAUGUUUUCUCGGCCCCUGAAUUAGCCAAAACACUUACGAAGAAAUAAUUUAAAUACCUCUGGCUUAGAAAUUUUUCUCAUGCACACUGUUGGCGUGUAUACUAAUUAAUCAUACAAUUGGGAAAGAAAAGAAAUAUUAUGGAACGUUUUGCUGUUUCUAAUAGAACGAAAAUAUUUUCCAAAGACAAUCUUUUUAUAUAUCCUCAUUUGUAUUUUUUUUUCCAAAAAAUUUAGUUCUACUCAAUUUUUACCUGGUUUUCAUUAUACAGUGUAGGUCUUGAUUUCUGUGAAGCAAAAUUAGACCUUUCACCUUGAAUUUUUGAGUUUGCAUUCAUAAUAUUAUACAUUGAGGGAAUAGAAGUAGGAAGGGAAAGAGAAAGAAGGCACAGGACAAAGAAAAAUAUUUCCUCUUAUAACUUCCAAAGUAAUUUUAAAAAAACUUUUUUAAAGUUUUUAAAGUCUUGCAGAGUCAAUCAUGUGUUUGAAUUAUUUUAUCAUGGAACUUAUAUGUGGAAAAUAACUUUUUUUAACUUUAAGGUAAUAACUUCUUUUAACUUAUUUAGAAGUAUCCUUUGGUACAGUUAUUUUAUUGUCUAAUAAAUACUGACUUGAAUUACUUUGCAGACUAGUAAGUCUGUAACAUAGUAUUAAUCAUUUUCAUUAACAUUAAAGUGAUUAUUAAAGAUCCAGAAGCUGGCUUCUGUAUUUGCUCAAUUAUUAUACUUUUAAUGGUAGUAUACUUUAGACAAAACAUAUUAAUAUGUGAUCAUUUUCAAGAAAAUAGACACCAUUACGUGAUGUUCGCUUGUUAUAAGAUCCCACUGUUAACACAAUGUGGUGUGGAGGAAUUACAUUGUUUGUAUUUAUGAGGUGUGAUUAUGUUUGUAAAGAGUGAGCAUGAGUUCAACUUUCCACCCAAAGAAGUUAGACUUAUGUAUUACCCAAAAGAUUAUUGUUACUUGGAGCAGCCAACUAGAGAGGUUAUCUUGGUAUUCUCACCACCCUCCUGCUAUCCAAAAAGUUGUUGGAAAUCUUUUCUGAAUUGUUUUAAAGUCAGUUUGAGUCUCUCAAGAAGGUAAGUGGUUCCUUAAUAGCCACACUUAAUUUGUACCACAAGUGCCCGUUUAAUAACCUCUUUUAUUUCUCAUACCUUUGGUAAUGAAUUUAGGCAGUUUUCAAACAUCAAAUCCAGCUUCAGCAGACUAAGGUGCACCUCAGAGGAGGUUAUUUUUGAAAAGGUUCCACAUGUUCCUACCCAGUAGUUAUCUGCAUAGUGGUAUUCUAAUUGUAAAAAGACUGCUUUAACAUAGCUUCUGAUUUCUGGCAUUUUUAUUAAAAAUCAACAUGAGUCAACCACUUGAAUUUAUAACUCCAUUUUAAAUAUAAUGAGGGAGCUGAAAAAACUAGAUUGGUCUAAGACUUGGUUGUGAAUAAGCCCAUCUGUUGAAGCGAGCAAAUGGAAUUCCUAGGCCUGUAUUUCUGUUAAUUACUGUAACCGUGUACUCUCAUCAGGAGAACGUUGUCGCUUUGUACUGAUUCUGAAUACUGUAUUUGUUGGACUGAUGAAGGCUAUUUCAAAAACAAAACAAAACUGAUGUCUUCCUUUUGUUUGUUAGUGAUUUUUUUCUGCCCAAGAUUUUUAAGUGACAACAAAUAAUAUGUGUAAUAACUGUCGACUCUUUAGAAUGACAAGACUGUCCUGAGAAAUUUUCAGAAACAAUGAAAGGAAUAGCCACUUUCUAUGAAACAAACAAGUUUGAUAGCCAUGAUCUUAUUGCUGGCUGCUUUUAGCAAAUCUUUACACAAAUAAAUUAAAACUAAAACUUCGUACUAAUGUGUUUCAGGAAGAUUUAUUGAUUUUUUUCCCCUUCCUUUGCCAGUAUGUGUGAAAAUUAUUUUUAGCUACCAAAUGAUAUUUUUUUCCUUCUGAAAAGUAAUGAGUUUAAAAUUUCCUCCCUAAGAAAUUUUAAUGAUAGUAACUUUUUUGGGUGUGUUAUCCAAGAGAAUAACUAAGAUCUCUAACUUUGUCAUAAAUUUGUUGAAUGCUUUUAUUCUCAGUCCUGGAUAAUGAAGGUAAAUGGAGUUUUCUUGGUUUUGGUGGAUUAAUUUGCAGUUGCCUAGUGAAGUUGCUUGCCGCAUGUUAGACUUUAAGUAGAAAACUGAGGCUGUUUUUAACCUGUCGAUACCUACAACAUUUGGAAGCAAAAGGAGUGGAGAAAUGUUUUUUUCCUUUUUCAAUUAGUGCAAGGUAAAAGUGGAUGACAUCGGCAGGUGUGUAAAUAUUCUGUAUUUGCAAACAGAUUAUGUUAUAGAAGUAAUUCAUUUCAUAUAGGCAAUUUUCAUCAUAAUGUUAAAAUUAUAUCUGCCUGAAAAAUUUAAUCCUGAAGUCUUUAAAGAAAACAGAACAUUGUGUUUUUAAAAACUGGUCAUGUGGGCUGUUUAACUUAAAAAUACAUAAUUUAUGAAUU